AUGGGGUUCUUCUCUUAUAUCGUUGCGUUGGCCACCACUUUGGCUAUCUUUACUGAGGCCAUCCCUACUGAGAAACGUGCAACUGCUGGCCACUUUACAAUUCAACAAACGGCCUUAUACUCUAACAAAAACCGUUGGCCGCCUAAGGAUUUAUGGACGGUGCUCAGGAAGCAUCACAGGCCACUACCACCCGAAUAUAAGGCAGCAGUCUCCCGUAUAGCUAUUUACGAGAACAAGAAGGAUGGCGGAUCCGUCAAGGUCACGCCCUCUGACUAUGACGCCGAAUUUGUUAAUGAAAUCACAGUCGGAAACGACACAGUCCUCGUUGAUAUCGAUACCGGUUCUGCUGAUUUUUGGGUUUUUUCAUCCCAACUUCCAGAGCGGUCGCGCCGAAAUCAUCGCAUCUACCACCCAGACUUAACUGGCACGAAACUCCAAAAACACACUUGGGAGUUGAAGUACGGCGACGGAACUGGGGCAGCAGGCAACGUGUUCCAGGACAAGGUUAGUCUUCCCGGCUUGGAAGUCUCCUCCCAGGCAGUGCAGGCUGCAACCUGGGUGAGCUAUGAGUUCGCAGAUCAGCAAACGACAGAUGGAAUUCUGGGAUUCGGAUUCGACAAACGUAACCAAGUCUUACCCAAAAAGCAAAGAACUUGGUUUGAUAAUAUCAAGCAGAGCUUAUCCAAGCCCAUAUUUACCGCUUGUCUGAAACAUCAAGCUCCUGGUUUCUACGAUUUUGGCUUCAUCGAUCAAGACAAGCAUGUUGGAACGCCCACCUACCUACCAGUUGAUAGUUCAAAAGGUUGGUGGGAAACCACUUUUAACGGCUUCGCAACUGGGGAUAUCGAUAAUUCAACUCAUAGCUUUAAAGCAAUUGUUGACACUGGGACUACAUUCAUGCUCCUUCCCAAAAAAAUAACCGAACAAUACUAUUCUACGGUUCCAGCUACGGCAUAUGAUCGUAAGAGUGGAGGCUGGACAUUUCCAUGCAACACCACGCUUCCAGACUUUGCCAUCCAUAUCAACGAAUAUAAAGCUGUCGUUCCCGGAGAACACAUCAAAUAUGCUCCAUUACCAGGAACUAACACGUGUUUCGGCUCUCUCCAAUCCCUAGUUAGCCCGCCUGCUAUCCUAGGAGGGGCAUUCCUGAAGAGCCAGUUCGUCAUAUUUGACCAUGAUGGCCCAAGAAUGGGAUUCGCGGCUCAAAAGAAGUAG